UUCCGGCUGCACUUCCUUUUCAGCGUAGCUAACCGGGAGGAAGGAGCAGCGAAAAUGAGUAAGGUCUCGAGGGACACGUUGUAUGAAUGUGUGAAAGAGGUCCUGCAGGGCUCUCUCGCCAAGCCCAGGAAGUUUACGGAGUCAGUGGAGCUGCAGAUCAGCCUUAAAAACUAUGAUCCCCAGAAGGACAAGCGUUUUUCCGGCACCGUCAGGCUGAAGACUCUUCCCAGGCCCAAGUUCUCCGUGUGUCUCCUGGGAGAUCAGCAGCACUGCGAUGAAGCCAAGGCUGCUGACAUGCCCCACAUGGACAUUGAAGCUUUGAAGAAGCUAAACAAGAACAAGAAGCUGGUCAAGAAGCUUGCCAAGAAGUAUGACGCCUUCCUGGCCUCAGAGUCUCUGAUUAAGCAGAUCCCCCGUAUCCUGGGUCCUGGACUCAACAAAGCCGGCAAGUUCCCCUCCCUGCUCACCCACAACGAGAACCUGCUCACAAAAGUGGAUGAGGUCAAAUCUACCAUCAAAUUCCAGAUGAAGAAGGUGCUCUGUCUGGCUGUGGCCGUGGGACACGUGAAGAUGACGGAGGAUGAGCUCGUCUACAACAUCCACUUGGCGACCAACUUCCUCGUGUCUCUGUUGAAGAAGAAUUGGCAGAACGUACGCGCUCUCUACGUCAAGAGCACGAUGGGCAAACCCCAACGCCUCUAUUAAAUACAGAUUUUCUUAAUAAAUGUGGAGGUGCUCCGAA